CCACAUGCUCUGUCAUGUCUACCCGUCAGCGCACCGCGACCUCUUCCCGCAAGGACGCCUACGGCCUCUGGCCCGACUCUGACUCUGACAGACCUCGCCAGACAAUGGCUACCACACAGCGCCACAACGUAGACCAGGCCGCGCCCCCAGAGAGCUCGAGGAAACACCGCAGCUCUCGGCGAACCGAUCCCUCAGACCCAGCGGCGCACUCCAGCCACAAGUCCUCCAGCAAGGAUAGGUCGUCCACAGCACAACAGCCGCAGUAUGCCGUUCCGCCAUCACUGCACCCUUCGACGACGUCCCGAACUCCCGAUGCACACUCGGACGCUUACGUCCUCCGCGCGUACAUCAAGAAGAGGACCGACAAACGAAGCCCUCGGUCCUCGAACGAGAAAGUCCCUGCCCCCGACGACGCGCCGGCGCCCCGCUCUGCGUAUCCUUCUCGUUACGAUUACGCGACCGCAACCACAUAUGCACAACCUCCCGCAUCUACGAACUACUACGCAAUUCCUCCUGAUCAGACCAGCCGGGACCCCACUUCGUCCUCUCGGCACCAUCGCGAGCGCACGAAGGAUAGGGAAAAGUCCAGCAGACGCGACGUCGAGAAACUCAGCCUGAGAGACUACGCAUCCGAGAGGAGUGAUGAUCGGGAAAGGAGGCGGCGGAAGGAGAAGGAGGCCGCACGGGAGAAGGAGCGGUCAUCCAAAGAUCGAGACAGGCAUAGGGAGAAAGAUAGGUCCAGACAUCGAGAUGUCCCAGCCGACCGCAGAGCACCCGAUGCCGCCAGUAUCCGACAAGCAUACACUCAACCACCAGCUUCUGCACAGAGAUCUACUGACAGGCUACCCGCGGGAUAUCAGGAACAACUACGCACGCUAACCCAAACACCGCAGGCUGCUCCUCCAGCGACCGCUACUGUCCUGCCUUGGACAGGUCUUACAGCUGGCGGGCGGGCAGCAUCCGUUCAAGCUGCACUUGACGCAGGAUAUCCUUCCGCGUCCGACAGAGAAGAUGCACCGCUACCGAUUCCACCUCCUGGCCACAGACGCGAGAGGUCAUCCUCGAAGGCUCCUCGCUCCCAGCGCCAUCACGUUCUUGCGCAGCAAGCCGGUCAAGAUUCUGGCAUCUCCAGCAGCGAGCAGGAGCAUUCGGGCAUGGAGCGAACCAAGGUGCCUGAUAGGCGUUACGUGAGUCGGGAGCAGGCCAGCACCCUUGGACGUGGCCAAUCUUCCGGCCCAUCCGGAAGUGAGAACGAAAGGGCUCCUGCCGUUCAGAAGGAGCGCCGCAAACACAGAGAAUCCUCUCGUCACAAAUCAAGGACUACCGCGGCUGAGGGCCCUCCUGGUCCUACCUCGAGUCAGGAAAUCGCGGAUGCAUGGUACUCACGGCAUCAGCGAGAUGUUUCAGGAACGAAGCAGCCUACAACCUCGGCAGACUCCCCACAUCGUCCACCGGCCGCCGUCUCUCAUGAUACUGUGCCUAUGCAGUCCGGUCUGACCUCAUCUCGUCCUCCGCCUCAAAUAGUCAGCAUUCGCGCUGGGCAGGGUCCGUCCGACUCGCACACUGGCACCUUACUCCCGAAGAAUCAUAGCGCGACGUCCGUGAACCGCCAGGGCGACCCUCAGGCCUACGACUCUCGUUCGCAGCCUGCAGCGCAGUACUAUCAGCAGUCAGCUGGGCGUUCUCAAGACACCGGGCUGCAGACGGCACCUCAUCCUUCCAUGCAUCCGGAUGGUUCUCGGGCCCAGCAACAUUCUUCCGUCAACGCAGGCGUGCCCAGCUCGUAUCAGCAAUCAGUGCAAGGCUAUCCUAAUGCAGCUUCGUACUCACGGCACGCGGAGCCCAAUGGGGUGACUUCUGCAACAGGGCAUGGAAGCCAGCAGGCUGCACUACCGGACGUCGUGGUGCGGCCUCCGUCAGCUGCCCCCACGCAGCAGGAUCCGUACUCUUCAAGGCAGACUGUAGGUGUCUCUCAACACGGGGUGGUUUCUGGACAGCAUUUGCAGGCGUCACACGAUUCUCGCGCGCGUUCCACUCCGGCACCUACACACGCUGCGAAUCAGUCGCACGCCAACUCAGCGAAUGCACAGCAGGCGUCAUAUUCACACCUACACCCCUCCGUGCAACACCCUCAAUCGGACCCGUACCGUGCUGCCACUGCCGGUCCAGGCGCAACUCAGCAAUAUGGCGUCUCGGACCUCCAUCGCAUCCUCGCUAGCCCCGCGCCUCAUGCAUCUGCCCAUGCCAAGGGAGCUUCCCAGGACACGUCUUCCAGAUUCCCGGUAUACGAGGACACCGCGGGUGCUGGUGGUCCGGGAGGAUACGGAAAUCAGCAUGUUGCGGCGGCCUACAACCCUCUUACACAGGCGACCACUUCGCGGACCACCGCUGCCGCGGGCCAAGGGUAUUCAUCUGCGUCUCCGAAGCGGAACUUGACCUAUCCAGGUGCCUCGGCUCCCGCACCGACGCCCUCUGUCCACGUCAACCCUUCUAAUUAUCACGGUGCACCAACACACGACACACGAUCGCCCAAGCCCCCUUCGGUGGCGACAAUCACGCAAGACACAGCGGGGACUCGAUCGCAGGGCCACGGUACUCAUGGAAGGGAUCCGUCCGGUCACCAACCUUCCCCGCGCUACGAUCAAUCGGCGGCGCAGCUUGCUGGCGAUACUCCAUAUGCCUACGCUUCCAGCCAGACCGCGGGUCACUCGCCCUCGCGACACCAUCUCACCGAUCCUGGGCGCUCUCCUGCGAUCGGCCACGCUGUAUCUGUCGGCUCCGCGGCGGGCACGCCGAAGCAUUCACCCUCCGGUCGUCUGCACUCUUCGCACCGCAAUGGCUCGAACGAUACGAUUACUCAUGCCGCCCCGACGAAACCGUCUCCCGCCAGUACCUUCCAGCAACAGCUUCCUCAUCGCAACAGUGUAAUCAACCUACAAUCUAACGCCGCUUCACGACUUGAUAAUGCCCCGGCUUCCCGUCAGCCUAACGUUUCCUCAGGAUACCCCGAGCCCGCUAGAUACCGUUCGCCCGCCCCUCCGGGAUACCCCACCCAGCCUCAGUCAGCUCCUAAUGGAAACUCGGCCAACUAUUCGCAAUCCUACAGCACCCAGACUCAGACGACCUCUUACGACCAGUAUGGCCGCCCGACGGCCUACCAGUCCCGUACGGCCCAACCUACCGACUACGGGUAUCGGGCACAGGAGCCGCCCCACUCCGCACCCCCGACCGCCACCACGAUGCCCGUGCCUAACCAGCGUGUUCCGCCUCGUUCUGCGCCAUCGCCAGCGCCGACGGUCAGGCCUACACGUCUUACCGCCGUCUCCUCUCCCGCCGGCAAAGCUCCAUCGCUGCACCCUCCACCCCCACAGCCAACGCGCAACCAGACGUACCCAGCCCCGGCUCCCAAUCCCCCUCCGUUCCCGUCAGCUCAUUCGCGCACUGUAUCCGAUCCUCAGUAUACGGGCAGAGCGCCCAACUCAGCGUAUCCUUCUGGUAGCUUGCCGUCUCGGGGGCACUCACACGCGAAGCCGAUGGCGAAUGCUGCUCUCCAGGCCCCUGAUGUGCUCCUCACGCCGUCGUCCCUAGCGCCCUCCAUGCUUCCUGCAGUAUCGUCCCCAGUACCCUUGGACCGUACGACCUCGAAGUCGUCGACCAAGGAGAAGGAGAAAGACUCGAAGAAGCUGGGCCUACUCGGCCGUGGCCUGAGCCUCUUCCGCUCAAGGUCUUCUCCGCCCAAGCCACGGGAGGUCGAGCCGCCUCCUUCCGCAGCCAUUCGGGAGAAACGUCAGCGCAACGUCUCGCAGCCCACCCAGCCCCUGGCGCAGAUGCAAGCCGCCCACGUUUCCGUUAAGCCGCCGCCUGGUGCCCCCGCUCCCCAGGUAGCUAUUGCCGCUGUCUCCAUCCCCGCGCCCGCACAAGCGCGACGGGAGAACACUGCUCCCCAGAUGCCCGUUGCAGCACCAACCCCUAUCCAUGGGAGACGCAGCCCGAACGGAAAGAUGUUCACGCCCUUCCGUUUGGUGGCCAAACGGCACCACACAGUCUCCACUGCGUCCCUGGACGCGGUCGACGGUACGGUGAUCAACGCGAUGCUGACCGGCGGAGAGUCGACGAGGAGCUCCACGGCGGGGCGUCCCUCGCCCCCGCUCCGAGACCCCAUGACUGCCGCGCAGGAAUGGCGCAACCGGGAGGAGUACGAGCAGCAGAUGCGCGGGAAGCCGCGGCGGCGGCGCCCGGGGGUGACGUUCGACGUCCACGAGGAGGUGCCUGAGGAGGGCCGGGUCCCGGUGCAGAAAUCGCUGAAGGCGAAUCUCGCUGCCAUGCAGGCAGCGGGCGCGGUUCCCGCUCCGACCCCGACGAGGCAGGCUACAGCCUGAGCGUAUCGUGGUAGGCGUAGGCCCGAUAGGAGGUAUGAGGGAAAUGUGGAAGAAGACAGUGCGCGUUGGACGGGCUGGUGAACCGGACGGCUGUUUCGUUAUUGGAUCCUCCUAAUCGUUGGGAAUAGAGUUGUCGUGUUAUCUAUGCAUGCACCUGCUAUGUAAAUGUAUCUCUAUGUCGUCGUUACAGUUGUCGCUAGUGCAGGAUGUAUUGUAUUCAUACUGUAAUCAAUCGCGUCGCUC